CAACGUCAUUUUUGUUAUACCUAUUAUAUUGAAUGUAAAUAAAUAAUUGAUUUUAAUUUAUUAUAAAUUAACAAUUAUUUAACAUAAACAUGGCCAAAAAUCUACGAUACUCCUUGUCCUGGAGUGAACAUUUAAGUAAUAUUUCUAGUGGUUUGAGUGAUUUACAGCAGAAUGAAGAAUUUGUUGAUAUGACAUUGGCAGCCGAUGGACACUUUGUCAAAGUACACAAGGUGAUAAUGGCACUCGCUAGUCCAUAUCUGAAGGAAAUUAUUUCAUCAACUAAAUGUGAACAUCCAGUAAUAUUUUUAAAUAAAAUUAGUUAUACAACAUUAAGUUCAAUACUGGAAUAUGUCUACACAGGAGAAGUUUAUGUGCAUUUUGAGAAUAUAAAUGAAUUUAUAGUUGCCGCCAAAGAUCUACAUAUCAGAGGAUUACAAGAUGUGAACAUUGUAAACUCAAUACCAACAAGCAAUGAGCCAUGUACAUUAGAUUCGACGUAUCAGGGUGUUGAGGCAGACUGUAUUAUAACAUUAGACAAUAGUCAAACGGAAGUUAUUGAUGACGAUUUGGAAAUCAAUGAUUCGUACAGCGUAAAUGAUAGUGUUAAGGCAGAAAAUAGAACAGAUGUAGAAAACAAAGACACAAGCCAAUGCAUACCAACGUUACACUACACAGUAUCGAAUCGUGGAUCUUUACAAAUGAUUCUCAAUAACUUUAUGUAUUAUUUAAAACAUACAAAUAAGGAUAACUCGCGACAAUGGCGAUGCGUGGACUAUUUAAAUAACAGAAAGUGCCCUGCAUUAAUAUUUACUAAGGGCGAUGUUGUUGUACAAAGGAUAGCAGCACAUAACCACGCUGUACAUAAUGAUAAAAUAUUUAAGAAAUUUAGAUCUGGAACAGUUUUUGCAGCAAUAAAGGAUGCCAUGGAUAAAGGUCUUAACGUUUCUAAAGCAAGCAAAGAAGAUCCUUUAAAUAGUGAAUAAACAAUUAUACCGAUUAA